AUGGCGAGGGAGGCAAGCCAACUCGGGAGGGAUUCUGUUCGUGGAGUAUAUAAGAAAAUUGCUCCUUGCUUUAAUGAUACAUGUUACAAGGCAUGGCCAAAGGUGCAGCAGUUCAUUUCAGAGCAGGAACCACGCAUCCUGAUGGUAGACGUUGGCUGCGGAAACGGCAAAUACCUUCACAUCAAUUCUCAAGUCUAUAAACUGGGUUGCUGCUGCUGUUUCCCAUUGAUGGAAUCAGCACGAAAUGAAGGCCUUGAAGUAAUCGUAUGCAACACCCUGUAUCUGCCCUAUCGAUGUGGAUGCUUUGAUGCUGUCCAGUCCAUCUCUGUGAUUCACCAUUUUUCAACAGAAGAGAAGUGCAUGCGAGCAAUAAAAGAGAUGGCUCGCAUCUUGAGAGUAGGAGGCCAGAUAAUGAUAUAUGUGUGAGCAAUGGAGCAAAAAUGGAGAAGAUUUGAAAAGCAAGACAUCUUUGUACCUUGGAAUCCUUCACCUCCUUCCUGCUCCUCGGAUGUUAGUAUCGUGCAAGCGAAGAAAAUAAUUUUCAGUCACAAAAUGCUGCUGCUGUUCAGCUCUGAUAACACCAUUCCUUUCAUUUUGUACGCUGACUUUCCAUUGCCAGAAGGACUGGACAGCAUCUCCCUGUUUUUCAGCACAGCUCCAGGUGGCACCAAGCAGAGGCAUCAGCAGCAGGCCGCAGUUCUGGGCCUCUCCAUCACGUCUGCUCCUAUGGUUCAACAGGCUGUUAACCCACACAACGCACCAGCAAAAUGCCUCAGAUCGUAG